ACUUCCGGUACAAUUGAAAUCUGUAUUUUGAAUGACGCAUCAUCAGGAUGUUGUAAUAUGUGACAAAACAAUUCAAAGGAAACGCUUUUUUCAAUGGCUUCCUUCAAUACAACAGAUACAGACGACGCAUUCGACUAUCUUUUUAAGAUUGUGUUGAUAGGAGAUGCUGGUGUGGGUAAAACUUGUGUCGUACAGAGAUUUAAAUCGGGCACGUAUGUCGAGAAACAUGGAAGCACGAUUGGUGUUGAUUUCACAAUGAAAACAAUGCAGAUAGAUGGGAAACUAAUAAAGUUACAAAUCUGGGAUACUGCUGGCCAGGAAAGAUUUCGUACUAUAACACAGAGCUAUUACAGGAGUGCUAAUGGUGUAAUUUUAUCAUAUGACAUUACUAAGAAGGCAUCAUUUGAAAAUGUGUCUCGCUGGAUAGAAGACGUUAAAAGAUAUGCUGGAACAAAUACAGUGCAAUGUCUAAUAGGGACCAAAAGUGACCUUGAACAUCUUAGAGAGGUCAAGGCUGCAGAAUCAAGGGCCUAUGCAGAUCACCAUGGCAUGAUAGAUGCUAUAGAGACAAGUGCCAAAGAAAAUACAAACGUUGAAGAAGUAUUCAUGAGGAUGGCAAAGGAAUUAAAGAAAAGAUAUGGUGGAGAUCAAGGAUUUGACGGUAAUGACGACUUGGGCAGGGUGAAUCUAAACACACGGACGGUCGGCACAAGCUGGUCUUGUUGUGGCAGCUAGACAAAUAUAGUUAUAGGGAACCAAACAAGGUGGUGCCAAACUACAAAUGCAAUGCUGGUUCAAAUAUUCUUGGGGAAAAAAGGAUUUCAGUAAAUACAAGUUGACAUCAUUUAUUUUUUGAAACAGAUCAUAUUAAAUAUGAAUUAAUUUGAAUAUAAAAAUUGAUUAGAACUAGUUUAUUAGUUAAUAUAUAUAUAUGUUACCUUUGAUGUGCAAAUAUGUCUUAUGAUCUUUGAAUGAUUCUAUUUCAUGACUUUUUUUAGAAAACUCUAAUAAUAUAUUAAUGAUGAACAUGGAUUGAAAUUGCACAGUUUGAGUGUUAAAACACCUUGAAAUAUCUAGACUGUGAAUUACAACCCGUUUCUGUAUAUAGCACCAGAUAUUUGGUUCUGUCAUAAACAAAUGCAAUAUAUAUUCAUCCAGUUCAUAAAAUUUAUUGUCAUUAUAGAUUUAUUAUUAUGUGUAGUGAUAUAUUUUUGAUUUGAUGAAUGAGAUCAUCAAGUUAUAACCAAUAAUAUAGACUCACUUUGGAAAUGAGUAACUCUAUAAUGAGUCACUGUGGGAAUGAGUAACUUUAUAAUGAGUAACUGAGAAUGAGUAACUUUAUAAUGAGUAACUGAGAAUGAGUACCUUCAUGUGUAUGUUAAUGUUAGUUUUUAGGUCACCUGAGACAAAGUCUCAAUUGGAAGUAAUUAAAUUUACAUUAACAUUAUCAGUAUUGGGUAG